CGUCGGAAAACGCAAAAGAAGUUCCAAAUGACGACAGAACAAAAAAGAUGAAGAAAGGGUCGACCAUGAUGGCCUCCAGCCACAACAACGACGCAAAAGAGGCGCCACAGGUCGAGGCUUCUGCUGGACACCUACUAGCUACUAGUAGCCACCUCAGGCCGCUCCACCAUGAGCCAUCCUACUCCAGACAAUGACAAGGAAACAGGAGAAAGCAGCGAUUGCAAUAGCCAUGAUAAUGACAGCAGUACUCCCCAGCCUCGCCCCGCCAAUCCACUGACAGUUGCCUCUCAAUUUUCCAAAUGGUUCUUUCUAUGGGCUUGGCCAUUGCUGGAAUUGGGAUCGACGCGACCUCUCCAAGAAGAAGAUUUGCCGCAUGUCCCAGAAGAAGAUUCGUCUCGUGCCAAUUUGCACAGCAUUCAAAGUUUGUUACAUGAAAACAAUAACUCUACUACUCCAAAGUCCCUCUUUCGAAUUCUGGCACGCCACUACCUGCGGACCACGGGAUUUGCGCAAUUGCUACUGGCCACCUCCAUGAUUUCCAGGUUGAUACAAGUACUGGCAUUACGAACGUUGCUGAAUCAACUGGACGAUCAAGAAGGAGGAGAUGCCCACAUGGCCUAUGGGGCCGCCGCCGUGAUGGUCGUGUGUGGAUUUGUCACCUUUACCGCCAAACAACGACAAUUUUUCAUCACGUAUCGCACCGGUAUGCAACUGCGGAUUGGACUCAUUGCCAACAUUUAUCACAAAUCCUUUCAAUUGCCAUCCGUCAAUUCCGUCAGUGCCGGACAAGUAACCAAUUUGGCGUCCAACGAUGUAGAACGUUUCUUAAUGGCAUGUGUCACGGGACUCUAUUUGGUCUAUGGACCUCUGGAAGCCAUGCUGAUACUGGGUAUUGGUGUCUCCAUGAUGGGAUGGAGUUUUGCCGCCGGAUUUGGAUUGUUCAUGGGCGUCUUGUUGCCACUUCAAUUUCAUCUCUCGCAUCAAUUUGCCACCUUGCGAGCCCAAGUCGCGGCCCAUACCGAUGCCCGGGUCAAUUUGAUCUCUCAAGCCAUUACGGGCGCCCGGGUCAUGAAAAUGAAUGCCUGGGAAUAUCCUCUCGCCAAACGAAUUGAAGAACGACGUGCGGCAGAAGUGCACACUAUUAUUACCAGUUGUCGAUACAAGGGAGUCAACGAAGCCGUCUACUUUUGUGCUGGAUUGGUCGUUAGUGUCGUCAUCUUUCUGGUCCAUGUACUCGCGGGAGGAACGCUCAGUUCGGGAAUUGUCUUUAGUACGUUGACAUUGGUCAAUAUAUUGCAACAUACAAUGACAAAGACCUUUCCCAUGGCCAUCAUGUUUGUCUCGGAAUCAUUCAUUUCUUGCAAACGGAUCGAGGAAUUUAUACGACUUCCAGAGCUCAACGACAGCAAACCAGUACUACCUACCAGUACUCCAAUGGAAGCAAUGAAAGAGGGUGUAUCCACAAUUAAUAAAGAGGAAGCAACCACACCUCUGAUUAACUUUGUCGACGUGACUUGUCAUUGGAACAGCGUCUUUGAAGAAGACAACAACAACAACAAUACACCUGUCGUGGCACUCGACCAGAUCAACGCCGAAUUCCAACCAAAGUCGUUGUAUGGUAUCAUGGGGACCGUGGGAAGUGGCAAGAGUGCCUUUCUUCAGGCUCUGGUAGGAGAAUUGCCACCAACGUCGGGAAAGAUCAUACAACAACAAUCAUCGACGAUUGCUUAUACCUCUCAAGAUCCUUGGAUUAUGAAUGGAUCAGUACGAGAUAACAUUCUCAUGGGACUAUCCCAAAGAGAUGAUUGGUACGAGGAAGUGAUCACGGCAUGUGCGUUGGAGGAAGAUAUUGCUCGAUUUGCUCAUGGCGACCAAACACUAUUGGGAGACAAGGGGGUGCAGUGCAGUGGUGGACAACGAGCACGAAUUGGAUUGGCCAGAGCGCUGUAUCGAGACUCCACAAUUCUCGUUCUAGAUGAUCCCAUGAGCGCUGUGGAUACAAAAGUGGGUCGUUGGAUCUAUCAAAAUGCCAUUCAGAGGCUCGGGCUCGACAUGGGGAAAUGUGUUAUUCUGGCCACGCAUCAACUGCACUUUUUGGAGAGUGCUACGGAGUGUUUCCUGAUGGAGAGAGGAAAGAUUACCUGUCGUGGAAAUUAUGCUAGUUGUAUUGAGGCAGCCCAUGGUGCUCCUUUGAGUGUUACUGCUGUCGUGCCUGACGAAGACGCACAUUCUCGAGAGGAGGAAUCGAACAACAGCAGCACGGAGGUCGAGUUUGCAGAGGACGCGGCAAAGCCUCUUGAGGGCGACAAGUCAAUGGCGACAACAAACACGAAAAGCAAGUUGGGAGAAACAAAAGCCAGUAACAAGGAGGAACGCAACACUGGGAUUGUCAAACUGAGCACCUGGAUCGAUUAUUUCAACGCGAUGGGAGGUCUCUGGGUGGCAGGCAUUCUCGUGAUCCUGUUUGCAGGAGCUCAGACUCUCAGUUUAGUCUCCUUGGUCGCCAUUGGAAAGUGGUCGGAGCAACCCAUCGAGCAGCAAGAUUCCGUCAACUCGAUAAGCAUUGUGGUUGGACUCACAGCGUUGACAGUAUUCGUGGCUUUGGACCGAGCCCUCUUGACUCUCUAUUUCUUCAAUAAGGCAGCCCAACGACUACACGAUCGCAUGACAAGAUCCGUCUUGUUCAGUCAAAUACAAUUUUUCGACACAAAUCCAAGCGGUCGCAUCCUCAAUCGGUUCUCAUCUGAUACUGGCAUUUGUGACGAACAGCUGCCGCUCUCCUUCUACGAUUGCCUGGUGGGGUUGACAAUGGCAUUUGGAAGUGUUUGUACGGCAAUUGCAGUGCUUCCAGUGAUCCUGGUCACAUUGCCUCCACUGGUGUGGUACUUUGUAAAAAUGAGGAACGUUUUCGUAUCCACAACACGAGAACUAAAACGACUUGAGGGAUUGGCCAGGUCACCAAUCUUUGAAAUGAUUGGUGAAGGAUUAAACGGAAUACAAACAAUCCGGAGCAACGGGGCAUCCGAUUACUUCCUGACCUCGUUUGCAUUGGUUCACGACGCGCAUACGAGGGCAUUCUUUGCAUUUGUGGCCGCCUCUCGCUGGUUUGCAACCCGACUCGAAUUUGUUACAUUCUUUCUCAUGGCUAUAUCCAGCUUUGCUGCUGCACUGCUUUACGACCAAGGUUGGUUUAAAAUAGAUCCGGCAGUGCUUGGGCUUGCUCUGACGUUGCUGUUGCAACUAGCAGGCACAAAUUUCCCAUGGAUGGUGCGGCAGAGUGCAGAAGUGGUGAACCAUAUGGUUUCAGUGGAACGAGUCACGGCGUUUGGAGACCUACCGUCUGAAGCUCCUACAAAAACCGACUUUGACCUGGAGCACCCUGACUGGCCGAGCAAGCCUUCAAUAAUGCUCGACAAGCUCACAGUGCGAUACCAGAAGAGCCUACCCCCUGCGCUUCAAGGCGUUACCUUGAAGAUAGACGGCGGCCAAAAAGUUGGGGUUGUGGGAAGGACGGGUUCUGGUAAAAGCACGCUUGUUCAGGCGCUGUUUCGAUUGUUGGAAGCUGAGGACGGGGACAUCUAUGUUGACGGCCUGAAUGUGUCUCGACUUGGACUGCAUAAGCUCCGUCUAGCGAUGUCAGUGAUCCCUCAGGUACCAAUUCUCUUUCGAGGGUGUUCUGUUCGAGAGAACUUGGACCCAUUUGAUUCAUAUUCCGACAGAGAAGUUUGGGAAGUGCUGGAAGAUGUGCAAAUGGGCAAGGAAGUCCGAGAACUGUCUGGUGGUCUGCACGCUAUGGUUUCGGAAGGAGGUUCAAACUUCAGCGUCGGACAACGCCAGUUGCUCUGCCUAGCACGAGCAAUCCUCCGGAAAACAUCGAUUCUGGUCCUGGAUGAAGCCACCGCAAACAUCGACAAAGCGACGGAGGAUUCUCUGAAAGCAUCGCUCGCCAAGAAUUUUUCAGAGGCCACCAUCAUCGCUGUUGCUCACCGUCUGGACACCGUGAUGGAUUAUGAUCGCAUCCUAGUUUUGGGCGACGGAGAAGUGCUAGAGUAUGGGUCUCCCAGCGAAUUGAAGACGAAAGAGAAUGGUCACUUUGCUUCCCUUGUCAGAAGCCAAAGGAGGACCAGCUAACGAUGACAAGGAUUCACGGUUCGUCCGAGGCUCAGAAAUUGAAGCAAGGAGCCCCCUGCAGCUCGCUACGGCCGAAAACUCCAAUGUACUGUACUAGUCACGGUUGGAGUCCAAGCAGCACAAUUCACCAUCUUCACGCAAAGCCGGCAUGACUAUGCAUUGUUGCAUUGGAAGGUUUGUGCUGCUCGGAGCUUGCUGGGGAACAUCGUGAUGAUUCCCAGUCAACUAGUCCGCGAACAUGAGGCCGCGUAAAAUAAGCAGGCCCUUUCAGCAGUGAUAUCAACUACAAAAGCCCUUGAAGGUACUGUAUCAACGCAAGCAUCCUCCCGGUUUUCUGGAUAGGACAACCGGCAACCAAGAUCCGUCGUCCACAAAGACGCAGAUUGAUUCUUGGCCAAUCACAGCUCUGUAGUGCCUAGUCCUCACUUUCGCUUUCUUCUAGCUGGUAAGUACUGUCUUCUUCUUCCUCGUGGUCGUCGUCGUCACAGUUUUCUUCUUCUCCUCUGGAGGAUACCCAUUCUCAAGUGCCAUUGCGGAAGAUUGAAAUGAACAGCAGCAGCUUUGCACGUAUCUGAAUCCCAGUGGCAUCCAUUCUUCUGAGCUCAUUUCAGAGUUUUGAAAUGACCACCUUCAGCUGCAGCCGAACAUGCAGCCGAACAUGCCAAUUCAUCUCAUGGGCUCACGCAACCAUCUGAGAACCUCCAACCUCUUCAGCAGAAGCCCAGCACGUAUCUUCAUCCCACGGACACCCCUUCCUUUGUGCCCACAUAGAAACCCCGAGUGGCCUCCCUUGGCUGCAGCCGCACUUGUGGAUCUGCUCCAUUCGCAUCCAUCCUCUUGUUUCCUUUUAACAUGGGGUAAAUCGUAUUUGUUCUCAUCCCAGGGGCAUCCAUUCUCAUGUGUCGGAGUCCAACUUCGAACCUCCUUUGUGGUCAUGAAUUGCAGCAUGUGUCGUGAUCCCACGGUGAGCCAUGCAAAAUUGCAAGAUGGCCAGCUGCAAAAGAGCAUGUCAUGGCAUUCCUUGGACAACGAUUUGCUCUGGCCCAUUUCAGCCAAAUGACCACCAGCAGUACAUAUUCACACGUCCAUGAAUCCUACCGUAGGGGACAUCCACCCCUCAUGAGCCAAUUUCAGACUUUCAUAGUGACCAAUUUUGCCUCCCAUUUCUAGCUCAUUCUUUGCAGACACAAUGCGGUGUA